AUGAUUGAUGUAGCCAUCAGAGUUUCAUUGUGUAACAAGCAACAGAGUGAAGCACAAAAUCUGAUUGAAGAGAUGGCAAACAACGGGUAUCAAUGGAGUUUGGAGAGGAAUAAACCGGUGAAGUCCGCCGGUAUUUAUCAAGUGGAUGUCAUCACUACUCUUGCCGCACAAGUUGAAGUAAUAACUAAGAGAUUAGAUAAUAUGCAACCUCCGUCUUCAAGCUCGGGACCCAUUCACGAUCAUUUUGGCCACUUAGGUGACCCAAGCUUUACCUCUUCCAUUAAUGCAAGUGCUAAUCAGAUUGAGCAAGUGGGCUUCCUUGGUCAGAACCGUCAUUAUCAGAACAAUCCAUUUAGCAACACAUAUAAUGCUGGAUGGAGGAAUCAUCCAAAUUUCUCCUGGAGUCAGUUGGGACAGGGACAAUUGGCAAAAUAA